CCGUGAGGGGCGGCGGGGGCUGCGCGGGGCCCGGCCCGGCCCGGCCCGGCCAUGGCGGGGCGAAGGUGCGCGGGCGGCGCGGCCGCUCUGGCCGAAGCGCCGGGCUGCGGCGCGGCGGCGGCCGAGCCGGCCCGGGAGCUGUUCGAGGCCUGCAGGAACGGAGACGUGGAGCGGGUCAAGCGGCUGGUGCGGCCCGAGAAUGUGAACAGCCGGGACACGGCGGGCAGGAAGUCCAGCCCGCUGCACUUCGCCGCAGGUUUUGGUCGGAAGGAUGUAGUUGAAUAUUUACUUCAAAGUGGUGCCAACGUCCAUGCACGAGAUGAUGGAGGCCUUAUUCCUCUUCACAACGCUUGCUCUUUUGGCCAUGCUGAAGUUGUCAAUUUGCUCUUGCGGCACGGUGCAGAUCCUAAUGCUCGAGAUAAUUGGAAUUACACUCCCCUUCAUGAAGCUGCCAUUAAGGGGAAGACAGAUGUCUGCAUUGUACUGUUGCAGCAUGGUGCUGAACCAACCAUCCGGAACACAGAUGGAAGGACAGCUUUGGAUUUAGCAGACCCGUCUGCAAAAGCAGUGCUGACUGGUGAAUACAAGAAGGAUGAACUCUUAGAAAGUGCCAGGAGUGGAAAUGAGGAAAAGAUGAUGUCUCUUCUUACACCAUUAAAUGUUAACUGUCAUGCAAGUGAUGGCAGAAAGUCUACUCCAUUACAUUUGGCAGCUGGGUAUAACCGUGUAAAGAUAGUCCAGCUCUUACUGCAGCAUGGAGCUGAUGUACACGCUAAGGAUAAAGGAGAUCUGGUGCCACUUCACAAUGCCUGUUCCUAUGGUCAUUAUGAAGUAACAGAGCUUCUAGUAAAGCAUGGAGCAUGUGUGAAUGCAAUGGAUCUGUGGCAAUUCACCCCUCUGCAUGAAGCAGCUUCUAAGAACAGGGUGGAAGUAUGUUCUCUUUUGUUAAGUUAUGGUGCUGACCCAACACUGUUGAACUGUCACAACAAAAGCACCAUUGAUUUGGCUCCAACGCCCCAAUUAAAAGAACGAUUAGCAUAUGAAUUCAAAGGUCACUCACUGCUACAGGCUGCAAGAGAAUCAGAUGUAGCUCGUAUAAAGAAACAUCUUUCUUUGGAAACAGUGAACUUCAAGCAUCCUCAGACACAUGAGACAGCAUUGCACUGUGCUGCUGCAUCUCCAUAUCCUAAGAGGAAACAAGUAUGUGAACUGCUGCUAAGGAAAGGUGCCAAUAUCAAUGAAAAAACAAAAGACUUCUUGACACCUCUGCAUGUGGCAUCAGAAAAGGCUCAUAAUGAUGUUGUUGAAGUAGUUGUGAAACAUGAAGCUAAGGUUAAUGCAUUAGAUAAUCUUGGCCAGACCUCUCUUCAUAGAGCAGCACAUUGUGGUCAUCUUCAGACGUGUAGGUUGCUGCUGAGUUCUGGAUGUGAUCCCUCCAUCGUGUCUCUGCAGGGCUUUACAGCCUUACAAAUGGGGACUGAAAGUGUGCAACAGCUACUACAAGAAGGUAUCCCAUUAGGUAAUUCUGAUGCAGAUCGACAAUUGCUGGAGGCUGCAAAGGCUGGAGAUGUGGAUACCGUAAAAAAGCUGUGUACAGUCCAGAGUGUGAACUGCAGAGAUAUUGAAGGACGUCAGUCUACACCACUUCAUUUUGCAGCUGGAUAUAACAGAGUAUCUGUUGUGGAGUAUCUUCUUCAGCAUGGAGCUGAUGUACAUGCAAAAGAUAAGGGAGGACUUGUCCCUUUACAUAACGCCUGCUCAUAUGGUCACUAUGAAGUUGCAGAACUGUUGGUUAAACAUGGUGCAGUUGUCAACGUAGCUGACUUGUGGAAAUUCACUCCCUUGCAUGAAGCUGCAGCAAAAGGAAAAUACGAGAUUUGCAAACUCCUGUUACAGCAUGGGGCUGACCCUACUAAGAAAAACAGGGAUGGAAAUACUCCUCUAGACCUUGUUAAAGAUGGUGAUACUGAUAUUCAAGACCUACUUAGAGGAGAUGCAGCUCUCCUCGAUGCUGCAAAGAAAGGUUGUUUGGCCCGAGUAAAAAAGCUCUGUUCACCUGACAAUGUCAACUGUCGGGACACACAAGGACGGCAUUCAACACCACUACAUUUAGCAGCUGGUUACAAUAAUUUGGAGGUUGCAGAAUACCUGUUGCAGCAUGGAGCAGAUGUGAAUGCACAGGAUAAAGGAGGCUUGAUUCCACUGCAUAAUGCAGCAUCUUAUGGGCAUGUUGAUGUAGCAGCUUUACUUAUAAAGUAUAAUGCAUGUGUGAAUGCUACAGACAAAUGGGCUUUCACACCACUUCAUGAAGCAGCCCAGAAAGGAAGGACUCAGCUUUGUGCCUUGUUGCUGGCACAUGGGGCUGAUCCUACUCUGAAAAACCAAGAAGGACAAACACCGUUGGACCUGGUCACUGCAGACGAUGUCAGUGCAUUACUGACAGCAGCAAUGCCUCCUUCUGCCUUACCAACUUGCUACAAACCUCAGGUUAUAAGUGUGUCCCAGACUACAGGUUCUGCAGCUGAUUCCCUCUCUUCUGUUCCAUCCAGUCCAUCCAGUCUGUCUGCUGCAAGUAGUCUUGACAACUUAUCUGGUAGUUUUUCUGAACUUCCUUCUGUUGUUGGCACAAACUGUGCAGAGGGAGCUACUGUUCUGGAGAAAAAAGAAGUUUCAGGUGUAGAUUUUAGCAUUAAUCAGUUUGUGCGGAACCUUGGCCUUGAUCAUCUGAUUGACAUAUUUGAGAGAGAACAGAUAACAUUGGACGUAUUGGUUGAAAUGGGACACAAAGAAUUGAAGGAAAUUGGCAUUAAUGCUUAUGGCCAUAGGCAUAAAAUCAUCAAAGGAGUUGAAAGACUUAUUUCUGGACAGCAAGGACUUAACCCAUACUUAACUCUAAAUACUUCUGCUAGUGGAACUAUUCUCAUAGACCUUUCCACCGAAGACAAGGAAUUUCAGUCAGUAGAAGAAGAGAUGCAGAGUACUGUCCGAGAGCACAGAGAUGGAGGACAUGCUGGUGGUGUCUUCAGUAGAUACAACAUCUUAAAGAUUCAGAAAGUAUGCAACAAAAAACUCUGGGAAAGAUACACUCACAGGAGGAAAGAGGUCUCUGAGGAGAAUCAUAACCAUGCCAAUGAAAGGAUGCUGUUUCAUGGCUCCCCAUUUGUGAAUGCAAUCAUUCACAAAGGCUUUGAUGAGAGACAUGCCUAUAUAGGUGGCAUGUUUGGAGCUGGGAUUUAUUUUGCUGAGAAUUCUUCGAAAAGCAAUCAGUAUGUAUAUGGAAUUGGAGGUGGCACUGGAUGUCCAAUUCACAAAGAUAGAUCUUGCUAUGUUUGCCACAGGCAGUUGCUCUUCUGUCGUGUAACACUGGGCAAGUCCUUUCUGCAGUUCAGUGCAAUGAAAAUGGCUCAUUCUCCCCCGGGACAUCAUUCAGUGACUGGGCGGCCCAGUGUAAAUGGAUUGGCAUUGGCAGAAUAUGUCAUUUACAGAGGAGAGCAGGCUUAUCCAGAAUACUUGAUUACUUACCAGAUUAUGAAACCUGAAGCCACCACUGAUGCAUAAGAAAAGUUACUUGUGGGAAACCAUCAGACUUCGGAUGCGAAGAUAUCAAUGGCUGCCAUCCUGAUAAUUACAAGUUUUUGUUGAAAACUUCCCAUUCCCAGGUGGUGUGGUAGCAAAUGUGAACAAAAUAUACCAGUUUUGACUUGAUAAAGCUUUAAUAAUGUACAGUAUGUUUUUCUAAAAUUUCAGAAAUGUCCUCUUCUUCAGCACUUUAACAGAUACCAUUCCAGGCAUAAACUGGGGUUUGGCUGUACUAAAUUAUAAACAAAAAUUAACUUGAAACAAUGGUUUUAUACAAUACUGCAUUCAAAUCUAGCAGAAAUUGUAAUGGUCUAUACAGGAACUCAUUUUACUAAUAUUGUGUUCUUUAAAACACUGCAUUUACACUGAAAACGUUUUCAUUUGUAAAACUGUAAAUAAGAGCUUUUGUACUAGCCUGGUAUUUAUUUACAUUGCUUUGUAAUAUAAGUGUUUUAGAACUGCAAUCUUGUACAAAAUGUUCUUUCCAGAUGUUGGUUUGUUCAUCUCUGUUUUCUCAUGCAAGAUAGAUUGUCAAUUUUUUUCAGGUUUUAUCACUUAAUCGUGAGGGAGAAAACAAAUUUUAUCUGAAGAGGUUUAGAAAUAUCCAACUUUAGAUUGAAUACAAAAAUUUUUGUUCUGUAUUUUUAUUUAUGAAAUAUACAUUCCUGAGAAUGAUGGGCUAUGAAAAUAGAAUGUUCCAGACAAAUUCUAAAGUGGUUUUCCACCUACUUCCUAGAGUUGCAUAUUUUAUUUCUGUAAAAUGCCUUUUGAAAUUUUUUAUUUAACUAUAGGUAUAGUUAACCUGUAUCCUCACUUCAAGGCUAGUAGGCCUUGCAAGUUACAGUUUUAGUAAAUUAUUUUCUUUGAAUGUAGAUGGAAAAUUAACCUCAAGAAGUUCUUUCUUGAGUAUCUCUUGCUUACAUUUAAGCCAGGAAAUUAAAUACUUUAUUCCUAACAUGAGGGCAAACAACUUGGCCUUUUUUGAAUGCUUGUUUUGGUAGAUUAAUCUACCUGUUGGUGCAAGUAGAUUAAUAUGAGCAUUGCAAGGUGGAAAUGUUGAAAGCCAUCCUGUCAUCCCCUGUGUCUCUCCAUGUUAACGUUCAAGCUGUGGUUGAAGCAGGUGUGUAGGAGUGUGUUUGUCUGCUUUCAGCUGAGUGGAACUGGUGGGGCUGCAUGUUCUGCUCCCAGCUCAGCCAGCUGGGAGGGGAGGAGCAGCUCUGCCACAGCAGCAGCUGCCUUUGGUAGCCCUGGUGAGGCCCCUUGGACAGAGGAAGAGUGUAAAAGGUGCAGCCCCUGUCCAGGUCUCAUUGGGGGUUCCUGACUGCACUUAUCUGCUCAGUCAGCUCUGUCAUAGCUCUCGUGUGUAUUCUGCUUUUCUGCCAUCUGCAGUUUUUACCUACAUAUUUCAAAAAUAUGUAAAUACAAAUUAUAAGUUACUUGGGGUUAAAGUGGGUAGGAGUAUAUUUUAGUUGUUUAAUAUUUCUACAUACAGAACACUGUCCCAGAAGACAAUUUGUUUGCAGGGCAUGUUACCUUACCAUGGUUUUAAAUGUAGUAACUGGUCAAGAUAAUGAAAUCCUCUUGCUGAUGUGGUGGUUAUGUGAUUAUGCUCUAUGUAAAAAUGUAUUGAACCUUACCCAGUUAUGUGAGGAAACUGAAUAAGAUUGCAGAAUUCUUGCAGAAAGUAAUAUUGGCUAUGAAUAAAAAAGGCUUUGAUUUUUAGGUACUUUCUCCCAGCAUGUUGCCUGUUCCUUAGGUAUAGUAAUGCUGGAAUUUGUGUUCAUGCAAAAUCUGUUAAUUAUGUUUAAAACUUUUUUGUUAUUGCUAAAAUGCUUCAUUCUAUAUAAAUGAUCACCUAAUGUCUUGUAAAAUAUUGUGGUAUGAUAGCAUUUUAAGUGGUACCACAAUGUUGGUUUUGUCUGUUUGGGGAUUUUUUGAGCUGUUUUUUUGCAUGACAUACCUUGCACUCUGAAGACGGAAGCUGUAAUGAUUUGGUAAUACUGACUGUUGAGGUGAACCUUUAAUCCCUUGUGCAAUUAGUUCUGCUUUACUCAUCUUGAAGUGUCUUUACAUGUACUGUAUGACAUUCCAUAUCCAUUUAACACUAAAUAAAUUUAAUUCACUGGUUUUCUGGUUGCAUGGGAGUAAUUACAGAUGUAGUAUGUUAACCCAUUGUUUUAAAUUGUAGGCAUGCACAAUGCUGUAACAAACUGCAUCAGUGGAGGCAAAAUUAAUUACAUUAAGUAGAAGAGCUUUUAAUGCAGAUGAAAACCUGUAAAUACUGUGGCAACUUGUAGUUUGAUUUAUGGCUCACUAACAGCUUUAGCUAGCAGUGAAAAGGUGUUAAUAAUAAACCCAGAAGUAAGCUUCAAUUUGUGCAUUUAAAACUCCAUUAUAUGGUCCAAAACUGAGAAAGAAAACUUGCUUACAUUGGCUUUGUAAAAUGAAAAGUAACCUCAAGAGUCUUACCUUUCAGAUAACUGCAUGGGUGUGAUACAUACAUGAGCAACAACAGAAGGAACUGUUUAGAUCACUGGUAGUAUUGCAAUAAGUAAGUAAUUUUAUUUCAGUAGGACCAUUUAUAUGGUGGUAGGUUUCCAAAACCAGAUUUAUAGAAGACUUAAAUAGAUGUGAGCACUAGAGGGCAGGAGAGCAAAUGUUUUCUAAGAUCAGUGGUAAUGAAAGUCUUUAAAGGGUCUUGGGAACAAAACUGAUAAAAUUGCCCCUGCAAAUUUCAUGCAUCUAGGUUGUAAAAAACUAACUUUCCAUUCUGCAUUAGAUUUGGUUUUGUUCAAUUAAAUAAUUAGUAUAAAAAGAAAUGAUACAACUGAACAAAUUGAAAUAUUAGAAUCUUAAGAAAAUUUACUUGUAAGUUAGACUUUAGUUUUUAGGAACCAAAGAAAACAAUUCAACCAUACUCUCUUAUAGAAUUGAAAAAGUUGAUGAUCCAGAGGUAUGUUGGCAUUCAUUCUGAGUGCAAAUGACUGUGUAUAAAGGAAUUGCUGCUCUCCUUUCUACCCUGAACUUGCUCAUUAGCCAUGUGUGUAUCUGUGAGUACACACACACUUGCUCACUCUCUGGGAAAAAAAAAAAUAAAAGAAGUUUUAAAUGUCUCUUCCUGCAGAACAUCACUGUCAGUGAGAGUGCUGCAGCCUAGGAGCCAUGACCCCUUCUUCAGCCCAUCUCCUGAACUUGAUGUAAUAAAAUGGAUUUUUUUUCCACUGGAAACAGCCCCAUGGGUGGCUUUCUUCUGACUUGCAGUUUAAAAAAAUGGCAUAGAGACGUGGUUGCUGUUGAGCUGAAGCAACCAAGGCUGCUCUUGCCUUCAGUGACCUGGCAGUGAGUGACAGAGGCCUGCCCCUCUGUGGUUCUUGGAGCUGUGCUUAAGUAGCUGUAGGAGGUGGAGGUGGUGCCACCAAGGGAAGUGCUAGAGUGGAGAGCACAAGGGGAGGUAUGUCCCUCCUCUUGCCCCUGUGCAGCAAGCAUAAGCAGUGGUGCUUCUGAGGGUAUUAAGGGGUUUCUUCCCUCUCCCUGUGGCUCACUAGAUCAGGAAGAGCUACAGGGAGCCAGAACAGAACAUAGAAGAAAAAGCACGUAGAUGACUGGUUUGAAGAUAACAAGUUCUGCCCUAAAAGGGGCAAGGUUGGCCACUGAUAGAAGACAGGAAGGAGAGAAUAAAAGAAAUAAUAAUCUGCAAAAAAAGGCAAAUUCUACAUGCACUGAAAAGGCAUGGUAGUAAUAAAAAAUACAGUUGGUAGGAAUGGCCAAAGUAAUCAUGGUACAUCCGCUUCCAAAUUUAUGUUUGACAUAAAAAAGCAAACAAAAACUGAUGUGUAGACAUUAUAGGGAUUUCAAGAGGGCUCCUCUUGAGAAGAACACACAUAUUUUAGAAGGGUAAAGUUGCAGCCAAUUCAAAACAUUAAUGUUAGACCUGAGGAAAAAGUGUGUGCAAGAAAAGAAAUAGGAUUUAAAUACCAAAGGCAAAUGCCCUGCACAAUAGAUCUUCAAAACUUUGGUUUUGAAGCAUUGAUUAUCAGAGACAAGCUGAAAACCCCCAGCAGACAGCAUAAGAGCAAAGUAUGUCACAUUAAAUUAUCCACAUGGUUCUGUAUACUGGUAGGAUAUAUAUGGGGAGGUGAGGAUUUUAGCGCAGCCAGAAAAUUUGAAAUGGAGGUGAGAUCCAUCUCUCCAUCUGCAAUCUUGAUAAAACUGGUUCAUUUAUAAGUGUGUUUCAGCUGGGGUCUUCCUGGGGGGCUCCUGGCAUGUGCAGUGACACAGCCAGGGGAACACUUUCUUGCAGAGUUUUUAAGCUAGAACCUUUAGCAGUUUUUAAAAGACCACAGCAGAAUUAUUUGCAAACCUUAACAUUUAAAACAAAUAUGAAUUGUUUAAGGAGCAGAAGAACAUACACCAGUGCCUAAGAAUGUGUUUCCAACUUUUAUAGUUGGAAAAGCAGCUUCAUAUCAGUUGCUAGUACUGUGUACAGAUCUGGGGUGGUACAUGUGGGGAAGGAUUAAUAUUGAAUAGUGUAGCUAAUAGAAGUAGCCUGAGAAAUGGACUGGGAAGUAGUUGCUUUUUUCAGGGCCAGAGGGGUCUGGUUUUGUGUUGUCCAGUUGCUCUUAAAGGCAACCUUUGCCAGCAAUGCAUUUGGAAGCUUAUUUCACAAGAAAUUUAUUCAAUUUUGUGGGGCUGUGGACAUCAUAGAUCAAUAGAAGUGUACAGAAAUAGAAUUCUUGCUAGCCUGACAAAGAAGCUGGUAAGUAAAUUAAGCAGGUAAAUAAAUAAAUAGGUUGGACUCAGUCUUGGAGGUCUUUUCCAAUCGUACUGAUUCUGUGAAAGGAAAAAACAGAUUUUGUUGCAAAAAUAAGUAACAGUAAAUCAAUUAGUCUAUAUAAUAUAUAUGACCCACUAAGAGGGAUAUUGUAUCUAACAGCUUUCUAUUUUUAAAUAGGAGGUUACAGCAGUUACAUUAAGUAUUGUUUUAAUUAAUGAGUGAGCUACUAAGCAGUCCAGAAGUGUCAUCUUUAAAUAAGUAAACCUGUGUGUGAUGACCAAUGUCUGAUAGUUGUUCCUUAUUUGAAAGUAUUUGACUGAACCAUUGUAAACAUGAAAUUAAUUAGAUUUGAAAUGAAAAAGGUUUCCUUUGGAUAUUAAGUAUUCAUUAGAGCACUUGUUUUCAUCAAAGUCUAAUGCUGUAUUUAUGAAAAAAACCUACUUAGCAGGUGGAUGCUAAAAUUUAAAGAUAUAUAAAUAAUUGAAAAAUACACAAGUGCAAUUUUACAGACAACAUAGUGCCAGUAAUAACAUGAUGCCCCCAAAGUACAUUGUGUCAAAGGUGUUAUUUAAUACAAAGAUUCUAAACCAAAUAAUCAGACAGUGAAAUAAAUCUGACUGCAGACUAAAUGGACUAAAUGUUAGAGCUUAUUUCAAAAAUUAGGAAUGUGAAAAUGCACUAGAAACUAAAAAAUGAUAGGUUUUAAGAAAAUGUUCUCCUAUUGGGAGUAAAUCUCGAAUGGAGAACCAUUUAGCACAUUACUAUAGAGAUGGAUUUCUGAAGGUGCAGAACAGACCUUGAGAAAAAAGUGAAGUUUAAAAAAAAGGGGGGAGCAGGGGUGUGGGUGUAAUUGACUGAGCAUCUCAGAGUGGUGGCAACUACAUCAACAGAGAAAAUCAGGUCAGUGGUACACCACAAGGUCUGAAGUAGUCCACACUGAAUUAGAGUGAAUGUCUUGAUAAGGAGGAAAAAUCAGGGAAACAUGGUGGUCUUAAGUGUGUCAGAUGGCUGAAUUUCUGAAAUAAAAAAUUACAGUGAACCUUCUAUCCAACAUCCUACGUAUAUACGCAAUGUAAGCAUUAUGAGUAGCUUUAAAAGCCUCUUGGCAUUUGUAUAAUUAGACUCAAAAUGAUACAGAGAGGCAGAAUGAUGAGCUAGCUCAUUUCAAACAAUUCUCAAUAGUAGCACAGAGCAGAUAAAUCCUGGGGGGAAUGCUAAUGGGAAUAACCCAUUAUGGGAAGGAUUGGACAAAUAUGGAAACCUGCUUUUUUAUGUAAUUGUGUAUUAGACUGUAGUCCAAAGCACUUCUGAAAUACCACCUGCUAUUAAAAGUGUUUGUAGUCAAUCGUAAAUUUGGAAACAUUAAUAAAAAGAACAUAUAAAAUACAGAAAGAAAUAAUAGUGAUUUCAGACCUGAAAUCCAAACCUGAAUUUUGGAUAGUUUUAUUCACAUAAGUACCAUGUGUCUGCUGUAGGGACACAGUCCAGCAGAAAUACUGAAAUCACGACAGUACUUUGCAAGAGAUAUGAGAACCUUGUACAUGCGGCAAAUUUUAAAAGCCAAGGACUCAGUCAAAAUAGUCCAUAAACUCUUGGGUUUAGGUAUGCCUCCUCUAUGUCUUCUGAGACUUCCCUCCCCUUUCUCAGAAAUACUAGCUUUUCAGUAAAGCAGUUGAACAAAAUGUAUGAGUUAAAUAUUUCUUAUAUCAAGUUUCAGUUGUGUUUAGUUUUCUGUAAAGAAGAAAGAAUAAUGGGGUGACUUUGUACAAUUAAAUAUUUAGUUACAAUAUUAUUGUGUAAUAGGGUACAUUGUUAUGUAUUACAGAUGUUUCAUUGCAAUAUCAAUAAAUAACAUAUUUUCCUUUAAAAAAA